AUGUUUGACUCCAUUCCUUGGCAGUCGUUCCUGGUGCAGCAGGUACCUCCCGGCGGGUUCACCCGCGACACCUCGUCCCUGGUUGUCGAAGACGCCCCUGAUCACGUCCGCCCCUACGUGAUCCGGCACUAUUCCCACGCGCGGGCCGUGACCGUGGACACGCAGCUGUAUCGGUUCUACGUUACCGGCCCUUCCUCGGGGUACGCCUUCACCCUCAUGGGCACCAACGCACCGCACAGCGACGCGCUAGGCGUGCUCCCACACAUCCACCAGAAGCACUAUGAGAACUUCUACUGCAACAAGGGCAGCUUCCAGCUGUGGGCGCAGAGCGGCAACGAGACGCAGCAGACGCGGGUUUUAUCGUCUGGGGACUACGGCAGCGUGCCCCGCAACGUGACGCAUACGUUCCAGAUCCAGGACCCGGACACCGAGAUGACGGGAGUGAUCGUCCCUGGAGGGUUUGAGGACCUCUUCUACUACCUCGGCACCAACGCCACCGACACAACCCACACCCCCUACAUCCCCUCCUCGAGCGACAGCUCCUCGACCACCGGCCCCGACUCCUCCACCAUCUCAACCCUGCAAUCCUUCGACGUCUACGCCGAGCUCUCCUUCACCCCGCGCACCGACACCGUCAACGGCACCGCCCCGGCCAACACAGUCUGGCACACCGGUGCCAACGCCCUCGCCUCCACCGCCGGCGACCCCUACUUCAUCGCCAACGGCUGGGGCCCCAAGUACCUCAACUCGCAGUACGGGUACCAGAUCGUCGCGCCCUUCGUCACGGCCACCCAGGCCCAGGACACGAACUACACGCUGUCCACCAUCUCCAUGAGUACCACCCCCAGCACGGUGACGGUGCCCACGUGGUCGUUCCCCGGGGCGUGUGCGUUCCAGGUCCAGGAGGGCCGGGUCGUGGUACAGAUCGGGGACUAUGCUGCUACGGAAUUGGGCAGCGGCGAUGUCGCGUUUAUCCCUGGCGGUGUCGAGUUCAAGUACUACAGUGAGGCGUAUUUUAGCAAGGUGUUGUUUGUGAGUUCGGGGAGUGACGGGUUGGAUCAGAACUUGGUGGACGGCGGGGAGGAGUGGAGCUCGGUCAGUUUUCCGGCGGAUUGGUAG